GCUCCAGCAACAUGGUUUCUACAGAAGCUGCUCGAAUGACUGUUGGUGUUCUAGGAAACAUUGUCGCACUUUUCUUGUUCUUGUCCCCAGUGCCAACUUUUGUUCAAAUAUGGAAGAAAGGGUCAGUGGAGCAUUACUCACCAGCACCAUACCUUGCAACCCUAGUGAACUGCAUGGUCUGGACCUUCUACAGCCUGCCCAUGGUGCACCCGAACAGCACCUUGGUGCUGACCAUCAACGGCGCCGGGAUUGCCAUCGAGCUUACGUACUUAAUUAUUUUCUUUAUCUUCUCUGACAGGAAAAAGAGGCUCAAAUUUUUGCUGGGGCUGCUGAUUGAACUCAUAUUCAUCAGCGUUCUCACAUCUUUGGUUUUAACCCUAACCCAUUCACAUAAGGAGCGGUCUUUGAUUGUAGGCAUCAUAGGCAUUUUGUUCGGCGUCAUGAUGUAUGCUUCACCAUUGGUUGUCAUGGUUAGUCGAUCUACUAUAUAUUAG